GCACACGCGUUGGGCGGUGGCGGGAUUUGGCCGCGUGCACCUUCCCGCCCCUGCCCGCCCAGCGCCCGCCGCGAGUAGCGCCGUCCGUCCGGCCUCGCAGACCCGCCCUGUGUUGGUUCCCCCGAAGCUCUGCGAGCCCCUCCUCCUACCCAGUUUCUUCUAGGGCCCAGGCCCCGCCCGUUUCCCACAUCCUGGGCCCGGUUCGUUCCCGACUCAGCCCGUCCCUCUCUGCGCCCCUGCUGCUUCUGCUGAAGGCGGAGGCUCCAUGUUGUCCCCUCCUCGAGCGGUAGCGGCUGCCUCGGGAGGAGCAGGUGAUGCCAUGGAGAGUGGAAAGCCUGGCCCAGUGCAGGUUGUUUUGGUUCAGAAAGACCAGCAUUCCUUUGAGUUAGAAGAGAAAGCCUUGGCCAGCAUUCUCUUGCAGGACCACAUCCGAGACCUUGAUGUGGUGGUGGUGUCGGUGGCUGGUGCUUUCCGAAAGGGCAAGUCCUUCUUCCUGGACUUCAUGCUACGAUACUUAUAUUUCCAGAAGGAAGGUGGCUGUUCAAAUUGGUUGGGUGACUCAGAAGAACCAUUAACAGGGUUUUCAUGGAGAGGGGGCUCUGACCCAGAAACAACGGGGAUUCAGAUCUGGAGUGAAGUUUUCACUGUGGAGAAGCCGGGUGGGAAGAAGGUUGCAGUUGUUCUGAUGGAUACCCAGGGGGCAUUUGACAGCCAGUCCACUGUGAAAGAUUGUGCCACCAUCUUCGCUCUCAGCACCAUGACUAGUUCUGUUCAGAUUUAUAAUUUGUCCCAGAACAUUCAGGAAGAUGAUCUUCAACAGUUACAGCUCUUCACAGAAUAUGGUCGUCUGGCAAUGGAUGAAAUUUUCCAAAAACCCUUCCAGACACUGAUGUUUUUGGUUCGAGACUGGAGUUUCCCUUAUGAAUACAGCUAUGGACUACAGGGAGGAAUGUCCUUUUUGGAUAAGCGUCUACAGGUAAAAGAACAUCAACACGAGGAAAUUCAGAAUGUCCGAAACCACAUUCACUCCUGCUUCUCCAAUGUCACCUGUUUUCUCCUACCACACCCAGGACUCCAGGUGGCCACAAGCCCUGACUUUGAUGGGAAAUUGAAAGAUAUUGCCAGUGAAUUCAAAGAGCAGUUGCAGACCCUGAUUCCAUUUGUAUUAAACCCAGCUAAUUUAAUGGAAAAGGAGAUCAGUGGCUCAAAAGUUACCUGUCGGGGGCUAUUGGAGUAUUUUAAGGCAUAUAUUAAAAUUUACCAAGGAGAAGAUCUGCCUCAUCCCAAAUCCAUGCUUCAGGCCACCGCUGAAGCCAACAAUUUAGCAGCUGCAGCCUCCGCCAAAGACAUUUAUUACAACAACAUGGAAGAGGUUUGUGGGGGAGAGAAACCUUAUUUGUCUCCGGACAUUCUGGAGGAGAAGCACUGUGAAUUCAGACAGCUUGCUCUGGACCAUUUUAGGAAGACCAAGAAGAUGGGUGGGAAGGAUUUUAGCCUUCGUUACCAGCAGGAGCUGGAGGAGGAGAUCAAGGAGCUCUAUGAGAACUUCUGCAAACACAAUGGCAGCAAGAAUGUCUUUAGCACCUUCCGAACCCCUGCGGUGCUUUUCACGGGCAUCGUGAUUUUGUACAUCGCCUCAGGCCUCACUGGCUUUGUUGGCCUUGAGGUUGUGGCCCAGCUGUUCAACUGUAUGGUUGGACUGCUGUUAAUAGCACUUCUUACUUGGGGAUACAUCAGGUAUUCUGGUCAAUAUCGUGAGCUGGGCGGAGCAAUUGAUUCUGGUGCAGCAUAUGUACUAGAGCAGGCUACUUCUCAUAUGGGUAAUUCCACUCAGGCCGCUGUGAGGGAUGCAGUUGUUGGGAGGCCACCUGUGGAUAAAAAAGCUCAAUAGCAUCUUGACGAGAGGAGCCAACGAGAACGCGGCCAGCCCCUCCUGAUUUCUGGGUUUCUGCCACGGCCACAGGUCCAGGUCCAGAGGAACGCAGAUCUGGGAUCACCCGGGAAGAGCUGAAACUCAGCAAUAAUAAAUUAAUAGACCUUUCCCGUGGCUUCAAAUUCUUAAACAUACUUCCAUUUCUGUUGGAAGCAUUUUUUUUCCUUGCUGGUAUAGAUCCAUGCCUGCGUCUAUUUUCUUAUUACUCUCUGCUUUGUGCACUUUAUGGGGAGAAAGCUAAAGGAAAAACUGCAAAUGUGGUUUUAAAUCCUGUAUGUGCCACUUAGUGCCUUUUAAGAUUGAAUCCAGGCUUUUGAGGACAUGAUAGGGAGGGAAUCAAGAAUAACCUCGUGAAAGAUGCUGUUUUGUGGUGAAACCUAUCUGUUCUUCUAUACCUUACUAUUUUAAAAUGUUUACAAAACUUGCAAAAGCUUCAGAACAAAAGACUGAAAAGGAUGCCAUUACACUUUUAAAAUCUUAUAAAGAAUCCUGCUUGCCACAUAGUGUGGAAAAUCCAUAUCCUAUUUAAAUCCACCAUACACUGAAAUUUAUGGUCUUUUACUGACAGGCUGACAGUUUUGUUGGAGCAUACUUUUAUUUUAUUUUUGCCUUCAUUCCUCUAGCUUCUUUUUAGAAAAGAGGGAAACAUGCCUUGAAGAGCCACAGCGGCUCAUAAUGAAAGGAGUGAGCUCGAUGCUUUAAACAAAAAAGCUUGAGUUUAAAUGAACCAUGUGACCUCUGAUGAGUCACUUGAACUUGUGCCUUGCUCACAUUCACUGUUUGCAGGUUUUUAUACACAUCUGUAUUAUAUAUAACUCAUGGUUGUCAUUUGAGAGGUCUUGUUUUCAAGAGUUCUACUUAAGAACAGAACUUUAUUAAGGAUUAGAGGAAAGACAUUACCAAACAUUACUGCCUUUAGUUGUCCUGUUUCAUGUGGCCUAGCAGUAAAUCAGGUCUUUAUCCAAAACAUUUACUUGCGUUCUCCUAGGCACUGUCUAAUAUUUUUAAUAAUAAAGCUAAAAUUGUCAGUUUUGUUUAGCGAGUCUUCCUUUCUUUAACCUCACUUGACUAGUCUGGUAGCUUUAAAAUAGCUUUGGCUUAGUGAGGACCGGAGUCCCACCUAAAUAUGGACAGUAUUCAGAAGUAUCUAAGAAAUCUUUUUUAUUUACCUUGAUUGGGUGGUAAAAAACAUUUUCUCUAUGAGUUGCCUUUUCCUUUGAUUUAUAAUAUAAUGGUGAAUUAUUGUGGAUUUUUAAACUUCACAGAACUUGCCUUUAAGUAUUUAUAUAAACAUUCAGGUAUGAGAGCCUUAAUUAAGAUAGUUUUUGUUGUGGGAGGGAGAUAGGAAGGCUUAGGCGAAACCCAAGUGUAGAUUCUAUAUACGUGAAGAAGUCUGAAUGGAAGGCAGAAGAAAGAAGCAUGUAAUCUCUUUAUUAAAGAAUUUUUACUACAUUAACACUUCACCACUGAAGUAUUUUUAUGAGUCUGAAUUAAUUCCAAGCAUUUUAUAUUUUUUUCCUAUCUACAUACCAUCUUUCCCCUAAGUUCUUGCUAGUUUAUUCAAUUGCCAUUAAAUUUUAGGAAAAUUCCAGCUUGUUCUAAAAACUGUUUAUUUGCCUAUCAGUGCUGCUUAGUGUUGACUGUUAAAUUGAAAGCUUCUCUUUGAAAUUUUGGUGCAUU